AUGGCCCCGACGAAGAAUUCCAUCCAAGCUCUUCUCCCAGAAGAUCUGCUCUUGAUUGAUAACCCUGAACGGAUUGCGACGCUGUGGUCAUCCUAUGGAUACAUCUACCGGCUCCGAGUUCGUUCAGCAUCGACCAACGCGUCAUCCUCCGUUAUCCUCAAGUCGAUCCAUCCCCCUUCGGAGCCUCAUCCAUCCGAAUCGCACCUUCGGAAACUCUUGUCGUAUCGAGUAGAACGCUGGUUCUAUCGCAAUAAUUCAUCUUCUCUGCAAGAACGCUCUCCUGAAGCGCGUCUCGCGCGAACGUUUCCGAUCAACGCGGACGACGACGGCAGCCUUCUCCUGGAAGAUCUCUCUCUUGAGUUUCCGUAUCCAGCGAGAGGCGGUCUCGGCCUCGAGCCUACAAGAUGCGUCUUGCGAUGGCUUGCGAACUUCCAUAGCUGCUUCUGGAACGCCCAUCUACGACGCGAGCCUUCGCUACCCCUCAUUCCGCCUCCCCUUCAAGCCGAUGAGACUGUUCAUAGGUCCGGAGUUUGGGCUCAGGGUACCUACUGGUACCUAGACACUCGCAAAGAAGAGGUUGAGCAGAUCGAUGAAGAAGAACACGAUUGGCUACUUCCGUGGGUCGACAAGGUCAACAACGCAGUGAAAUCGCGGGCUCGAUCGCACGGAACUUUACUGCAUGGAGACGUCAAGGGCGCCAAUAUUCUCUUCACGCACUCGCCAUGGUCACGCCCUGAGGAGCUAUCCGACCUGCGAUGCGCGUUAUACGACCUCCAAUACGUAGGCGUCGGUCUUCCUACGCAUGACCUCGUUUACUUCAUUGGCACGACCGUCUCUUCAUCGCUCUUGAAGAGUAGAGAGCACGAGCAGGCCCUUCUCGACUAUUACUACGGCAUCCUUAGCCAACGGCUCGCCUCCGGUCCCUCAGGUGAUCGGUCGGCGAUCUACGAGCGGGAACGAUUCAUCAAAGACUGGGAACUGUCCUUGGUCGACUGGUACCGCUUCAUGGCAGGAUGGGGUUUCUGGGGCAACGACAGCUGGGUGGAGGCCAGAGUGCGUGAAAUCAUCAAAGACUGGUCAGCUGGAGGUUGGGAUUCGGUCGCAGUGUGA